AUGUUGUUCAAAUCUUUCAGUUUCAUGAUAUUACUACUCUUUAUUUUUGCAACAGUGAAUUCCAUGGUCUUGAAGCAGCAAAUGACUUUUCUGGAAAGAAAAGAGGUUAUUCAGAAAAGAACUCAUCCAGAAAAAAUCUUGAUUAAAAAAAGAGCAGGGUCCUGCAAAACGAGAUCAUCAUCUAGUGCCAGCGUGACAACUACUUCAACGGAUUUUCCAGAUGUCUCAUUUUCUACUGAAACGACUACUUAG